AUGAUGAUGAUGCGCCGUGUGAUGUGUGUGUUGGCCGUUCUGCUGUGCUGUGCCUGCGGGUAUACCAUGGCUGCUGCUGCUACUACUGCUGGACAGCCAAAGGCAGUGAUGGCUGAGAUCGGUACCCCGGAAGUCGCAGUUGUUUCGCGUUUUGUGCUUGGCUUACCGUCGGACGCGAGUGUCGAAGACGUUAAAAAUGCCGAAAAAGAGUUACAGAAAAAGUCGAAAGUUGCAGAAUGUGAAAAGGAUCCUCAUGGUGUCGAUUGUAAAAAACCUCCAGCAGUUCAAGCAGAAGCAACGGCUUCGUCGUCAGGUUUACCUUCAGCUUCAUCACAAGUACCUAGUGUACCUGGCCAAUUACAUGAAGUUAAUUCGCAAAAAGUGAUUGCUGAACCAUCUCCUGACGCACGUCCUGGUGUUCCUGUGCAAGGUGCAUUGUCUGCUGAUGCUGCUCGUGGUGCUGCUGCUGCACAUGGUCAAGAAGAAGCUGAAACAACUGUUGGAGCUCCUUCUGCUGUUCAUGAUGCUGCUGCACGGGAAGAUCAGCCGACAAAACCCAAUGAUACAUCGAAAAACGGGGGCGAUAUAACUGAACAACGAGAGAAAUCACCCGAACAAGUGCAGGAAGCUGAAAGUACUCAUGUUGUACAAAAUGAAGAGACUACAGCCGCAGACACAAAAGAUACAUCUGGACAAUUACGUACUGAAGCUGCUCCGGCACCUCCGAGUGCACCUGAAACUUCUUCCAACAAUCCUCUCACGGAGACUUCCAAUGAAUCUAAUGCUGCAGAGAGUGUGGUGACAAACGUGACAAAUGAUGAGGAAAAUACAACCAGUAAUGAAGAAUCAACUACAACCACCACAACAACACUUCCUCCUGUACCUACAACCGACCCACGGAUCAGCAGCAUUGCCUCCGCAGUACAGAAGAAUGCUAACGCAGACAACAGUGUCAGUCCUCUGUGGGUGCGUGUACCACUACUGAUUGUGGUUACACUGGCCUGUAUUCUUGUGUGCUAA